UGCUCCAGUGUUGUGUUCUAAUGAACGUUGUGGUCUGGAAAUAAACAAACGAGACAAGAUUAAACAUGAAACUGAAUUAUGUGAAUACAGAAAGAUUGCUUCUCACGACUUUCGAGAUUAGCGAAAUGUUUCAACGAAGUUUUGAAGACAAAAUGGAAAUGCAAAUGAACAACUUAAGCAGGAAAAUAGACGAAAAAUUUUUUGAAGUAAAAGAUUCCGUGAAACCAUUGACAUCUCAGUAUAAAGAAAUGAUGGAAUCUGUAGUAGAAAAUGUUGAACAAAAUCUUUCUACUGUGACCAAAGAAAUGAUGGAAUCAAGAAAAGAAAUAAAAGAUGUUCAACAAAAUCUUUCUACAGUGACCAAAGAAAUGAUGGAAUCAAGGAAAGAAAUAAAAGAUGUUCAACAAAAUCUUUCUACAGUGACCAAAGAAAUGAAAGAAAUGAAAGCCAUGAUAUUUCAAAUGUUGGAAAAGAUGAAUAUAAAUGAACAACAUGUUCAAACAUUGACAUCACCAACUGAAAUGGUGAUGAACUCUGUAAAAGGUGAUAUUUUGAUUGCUGGAGGUUACUCACGUGGUUCCUCAGAGAGUGCUGAAAUAUUUUCAUGGAAGGAGGAGAAAUGGUUUAAUAUUGCAUCAAUGGAAAAUGAACACAGCAAGGCUUCAUCAUUUAUUUAUAAUGAUAAUUUAUUUGUUGUUGGAGGAUAUCACUGCAAGUCAAUGGAGACAUUGAAUAUAAAACAGUUUCCUUUGACAUGGAGAAAAUUUCCUGCAGAGCUUCCUUAUGACUGUGACGGUCAUCAAACUGUUGUUUAUAAACAACAAAUCUUUCACAUUGGAGGAUACAUUAAAGGCAAAGGACCAUCAGAUUUGAUCAGUGAAAUAAAAAUUACAGGUACAACAUCUUAUGUUUUAAAAGAGUUGUGUCAUAUGCCUGAACCACGUUAUGGCCAUGGAGCUGUUGUUGUUGAUGAUAAAGUUCUUAUUUUUGGAGGACAUGGAAAUUGCAAAGUUUUGUCCAGUGUUUUGGAAUUUGAUCCAAGGACUCUUACAUUCAAGGAAAUGCCUCCAUUACCUCAUCCAUUGUGUGCAAUGGCUACAGUUCAAUGGAGAGAGCAAGUUGUUCUUCUUGGAGGUUGGGAUGGAAGAAAAAGUUUGAACAGUGUUAUCAUGUAUGACACUAAGACAGGUAAGAUUACAGUCUUACCAUCCAUGUUGGAAAAGAGAUCCUGUUGUUGUGCAGUUAUAACAGACGAUACAAUUGUUGUCAUGGGAGGUGUGGGUGAUAAAGGUAAUGUUCUUAAUUCAGUGGAGUGUUUCAAAAUGGGAUGUAGUUCUUCAUGGAAAUAUCUUCCUUCAAUGAACGAGCCACGACACUUGUCCAUAGCCGAAGUUUUACCUUUUGGACAAAAGUAUGUAUAAGCAAGAAAACGUUCAUCAAACGUUAUAACUUACUAAAAAUUCUUGUAGCUUACACUGGAUGAUAAAUAUGUAAAGUUAAAUGUGUAAACCUUUAAAGCCUGUUGAGAAAUUAUUUCUCCACUGAUUCACUUUAAUGAUAUAUAUACUGUAUAUUGCAAGUUGUAUCAUAAAAUACUAUAUACAGCACAUGUCUAUCACAAACUUUGGUCACCAAUUAAGAAUUAUAUAUUUACAUGUUAUUUAUAUAAAUGGCAUUUUUCAAAUAUAUUACAUGGCUUUGCUCA